UUUUGUUUCAAGGUAAUGAGUUACACAAGUAGCCUUGUUUACGUCAUUGUGCCCGAGGCACUGAACGCUGCCACCCAGUGGAAUUCAACGGUUAACGUUAGCUACUCGCAGCGUUUCUGGUUAUUCCCCAAGAAAGGUUCGCCACAGAAAAGCAAGAUGUCUCGACUUCAGAAUCUGUAUAGCGUUAUGAAAUAUCUGAUGAUGAUUCUAAGCGGCAUCAUACUGAUCAGUGGCUUCGUGGUGCUGGGAGUGGGCAUCUGGAUCAACAUUGGCACGAACAACUUUGUGAAGAGCGUUGGUGACUUCUCCUCACAGCUGGGCAUCAUCAGCACCGUUUGCACGGUGGCCGGUGCCGGACUUUCGCUGCUCGGCUUCAUCGGCUGCUAUGGCGCCUGGGCGGAGAAGCGCACGCUCAUCCUGGUUUACUUUGUGACUGUGAGUUUGCUGUUCCUUGCUGAGAUUGCCAUGGCCCUUAUGGUCAUUAUCUACAGAAAUAGGGUGGAGGACUUCAUCCGCAAGGCUAGUAAGGAGACCCUGCUGGAGUCCUACAAGGGCCCCACUGCCCAGGACGGCAUCUCUGUGGGCUGGAACGCCAUCAUGACAACGUUUAAGUGCUGCGGUGUGGAGAACUCCACCCUUGACUUUGUGGGCUCCACCUUCACUAAUGUCACGGGGCUCCUGUACCCCAAGACCUGCUGCGUGGACAUGGAGGACCCCAGCUGCGACGGCCUCGACACCACUCCGAGCCUGCUGCACCCCGACAGCUGUGAUGUGAAGAUGAUCUUUACGAAAAGCCAGAGUCUAAUCCUGGGCAGUACAGCUGCUGUGAUUUGUGUGCUGGAGCUUGGCUCUAUGAUGAUAUCUGCGGCGCUCUACGUCAGACUUGGCCAUUCAGCCUACUAAAUAUGAAUGGCAACUUGCAGAUCUUCUCAUAUAUGGCAUGAUGCAUAAAUAAAGCCAACAGAUGGAUCACUGUGA